GACCUAGCCGCCCCCCCCAGCUCCCCGCCUGCUCCCGGAGGCCGCAGCCUCCCGCUCCGCUGGCGCUCUCGCCUCUCCCGCCUGCUCGCCCGGCCCCGCGCUCCGCCGCCUCCUCGCUGCCCGCCCCUCAGCCAGCCCCGGGGACCGCGCGGCAGGACCCGGAGCCGGGGUCCCCUCCCUCAUCAGGGCUGGGGUAGCGAGCAGGCCGGGGGCAGGUCCGGGCACCCACCAUGCGGGGCGAGCUCUGGCUCCUGAUGCUGGUGCUCAGGGAGGCUGCCCGGGCGCUGAGCCCCGAGCCCGGAGCAGGUCACGAUGAGGGCCCAGGCUCUGGAUGGGCUGCCAAGGGGACCGUGCGGGGCUGGAACCGGAGAGCCCGAGAGAGCCCUGGGCUAGCGUCAGAGCCAGACAGGACCCAGCUGAGCCAGGACCUGGGUGGGGGCACCCUGGCCAUGGACACACUGCCAGAUAACAGGACCAGGGUGAUGGAGGACAACCACAGCUACUAUGUGUCCCGUCUCUAUGGCCCCAGUGAGCCCCGCAGCCGGGAAUUGUGGGUAGAUGUGGCCAAGGCCAACCGGAGCCAAGCGAAGAUCCACACAAUCCUCUCCAACACCCACCGGCAGGCUUCGAGAGUGGUCUUGUCCUUCGAUUUCCCUUUCUACGGGCAUCCUCUGCGGCAGAUCACCAUAGCAACCGGAGGCUUCAUCUUCAUGGGGGACGUGAUCCAUCGGAUGCUCACAGCUACUCAGUACGUGGCACCCCUGAUGGCCAACUUCAACCCUGGCUACUCCGACAACUCCACAGUUGUUUACUUUGACAAUGGGACUGUCUUUGUGGUUCAGUGGGAUCACGUCUACCUCCAAGGCUGGGAAGACAGGGGCAGUUUCACCUUCCAGGCAGCGCUGCACCGUGAUGGCCGCAUUGUCUUUGGCUAUAAAGAGGUGAAAGCUAGCACCUGACACCCAGACACUGCCAGCAGCUCCCACCCUCAGGCCUCGAAGCCCUCUGCCUGUGACAUGCUCCUGACGACAGGCUCUGCCUCUGUUUCAGAAUCUCGGCGAAGGAGCAUCUUUGAAUACCACCGCAUCGAGCUGGACCCCAGCAAGGUCACCAGCAUGUCGGCCGUGGAGUUCACCCCAUUGCCAACCUGCCUGCAGCAUCGGAGCUGUGAUGCCUGCAUGUCCUCGGACCUGACCUUCAACUGCAGUUGGUGCCAUGUCCUCCAGAGAUGCUCCAGUGGCUUUGACCGCUAUCGCCAGGAGUGGACGGACUACGGCUGUGCACAGGAGGCAGAGGGCAGGACGUGCGAGGACUUCCAGGAUGAGGACCACCACUCAGCCUCCCCUGACACUUCCUCCAGCCCCUACGAUGGAGACCUCACCACUACCUCCUCCUCCCUCUUCAUCGACAGCCUCACCACAGAAGAUGACACCAAGUUGAAUCCCAAUGCAGGAGGAGACGGCCUUGAGAACAACCUGUCCCCCAAGACGAAGGGCACCCCUGUGCACCUGGGCACCAUCGUGGGCAUCGUGCUGGCAGUCCUCCUCGUGGCCGCCAUCAUCCUGGCUGGGAUUUACAUCAGUGGCCACCCCACGUCCAAUGCUGCGCUCUUCUUCAUCGAGCGGAGACCUCACCACUGGCCAGCCAUGAAGUUUCGCAGCCAUGCGGAUCAUUCCACCUAUGCAGAGGUAGAGCCCUCGGGCCAUGAGAAGGAGGGCUUCAUGGAGGCUGAGCAGUGCUGAGAACACCAGGUCUCCCCUUUGAAGACUUUGAGGCCACAGAAAAGACAGUGAAAGCAGAGAA